UGACAACCCUGCCUCUCAGCACAUGCUUCGCCGCCGUCGAACGAUGGAGCAUGGAGAUCCAUCGCAACUGGCUCUUCCUGAUGUGGCCAAUCAGGGAGCUGAGGAAAAGGAAGAAAGGUUGAAAGAAGAAAAAAAGGAAGAGAUAAAGGAAGAAAUGAAGAAGGGCUUGACAACGCCCCCAAGGUCAACUACAGGACCACCAGAGUCUGCCACGGGUCCCACCACGGAGUUGGAGGUCUUCCGCAGUGGUGGGUCAAAAGAAAGCAUGAAGGAAUCGGCCGAACCACCAAAUAAGGGCCGACCAGUGACGCUUGCACCGCUUGCACCUCCACAGCUGGAGAUGAUGCAGCCUCUGUUCACGAAAGAGCAAAUGAAGGAAGCCAGGGCCGCAGCUCGGCAAGCUCCUCAGGUGUUCGGAAAAGCACCCCCUCCGUCUUCCUCGGAAGAGCAGUUGGAGCUUCUUCAACGACCAGCUUUCCUUCGAGAAGAAGAAGAAGAAGAAAGGCUUGAAGGAAGAAAAGGAAGAAGAAAGGAAGCACCAGGAAGCUACGAGGAGGAGGAAGGUGAGGAGCUUAGGCGGUGCGAUGAAGAAGCUUCCGAAGAUCCUCGAUGUCGCCAUCGAAGUCGCCUUCAAGAGGAAAAGGAAGAAGAAAUCAUGUGGCGUUGGCAAAUGUCACAAGAUAUGAAGAAGUUGACCAGCCUGUACCAGGAGCAACAACGUGAAAAUGAUCGCCUUCAACAGGAGCUUUAUGAAUGGAGGUUGGAGAAUGCCGAAGAAGAAGGUACAUCCUUGGGUUCCUUAUUGGGAAAUCAUCCUCUGGCACAUGGACGCUCUUAUAUGUGGCUUACCGGUGACGUGGCCGAGUUUUUGCAGGCGCACACACACUUUGACACUUUCUUUCAUCACUGCCAGUAUGGAUCGGCUAGGCGUAAGCUCACUCGCUUAGUCCUCAACAUCCCUACUUUCCUAGCCCUUGACAAACUUUGUGACAAUUCGCAUGAGCACGAGCCUUGGGGCUAUCAGGAUCAUCAGUGGGCCACGGCUCUGGAGACAGCCUAUCCUUGGCCCUUGUGCCGUGCGCUGGCCCAGUCGCUUGCCUUGUGUAUGCAAGACUUGGGAGCUAUAUGUAAGACCCCAUCUUAUGCCUUGCAGGAAGCAUCUUUGCAAUCACUUCGAGCCGCCACCGACAUUCAACCUAGAAAGCAUUUACCGCCUACGGUUUCCGAGUUUGCUUGUGUCAUAGAGCAUCCCCUUGAUACCCCCAUGCCUUCCUUGGCUUGCAAACUGUCCACUCCUGUGUUGUGGUCCUCCGUGAGUGGGUCAAAUACAGAGAGUCAAAAAGUGAAAAUUGGAAUUCACUGGUCUCCUCAAGAGUUCAUAGAGAAGGCUUUGGAAGUAGGGCACCCCAUACUGGUAGAAGACAUCUUCCCUGUCGACGUGAGGAGAGCAAGUUGGUGUUGUGUAGGUAGAGACGAAGCCUAGACCGCGGUACACAGGACAGAAGUCAUCAAGAAGUGGAUCAGUUUGAUUGGAGAGCUUGAACACAAAGAGGUUGAGCUAAAGAGUAGCCUGCCCACAAGGAUUGCGGAAGUUUUAAAGGCAAAACGCUUGGUUCUGUUUAAGACCCUUCUCGAAGAAGCAAAUCACCCAGACGACCUAGUCACAGAUUUGUGCAAAGGUUUUGACUUGACAGGCAGACUGCCUGAAUCGGGAGUGUUUAAACAGAAGUUUAGGCCGGCCUCGAUUUCCAAAAGCAGUCUGAGGGAAUUUGCAAAAGUAGCCAGAUCCUUUUUCUUGAUUAGCUGCAAGAGUGCAGGGGACGAUGAAAUGGACAAGGCGCUCUACGAUGCCACUGUCAAAGAGGUGCGUAAAGGGUUCAUUGAAGGCCCUGUGAGUUUUUGUGAUGUGCUUGAAGCAACUUCCCUGACCAAAAGGUUCCCUGUGCGGCAGAAAAAUAAGAUCAGGCCUAUCGAUGAAUAUCGAGCCUCGAUGGUAAACAGUGCAAUGACCCAGCCGGAAGCUGUGUCCAUCUACACAAUUGACCACAUUUCCGCCAUGGUUAGCUAUUGGUUGAAAGCUCUUCAUGGCCAAGACCAAUCCGUGCAGCUGGUUUCCAAGUGCUGGGAUUUGGCUGACGCGUACAAACAGGUUCCGAUAUCUGAAGAGUCGUUUGAGUAUGGAGCCUUUCUAGUGGUUUACAACCCAGCCACCUAGAGGCCGGAAAUCUAUAAACAGAGGGUUCUGCCCUUUGGUGCAAUAGCUUCGGCGACGUCUUUUUUGAGGUGCGCUUUGGGUUUGUGGACCAUUGGCACAAGGUUGCUAGACCUGGUUUGGUCAGCAUACUUCGACGACUUCCUUUGCGUCACCAGCGACGCUCUCAGCAAACACACAGAUUUGUGCGUGAGUGUCCUCUCCCAAGCCCUUGGGUGGGAAAUCUCCGAUCACAAGUUAAUCCCCUUUAGCACUUGUUGCGGGGUUUUGGGUGUAGAGCUUGACUUUGGAGACACCAAGUUAUGGCAGGGGCUUUUUCAGAACACGGAAGAUCGCAGAAAGGAAUUUUUGGAUGAGCUUGAUGCCGUGAUUGCGACCAAACUUCUGAAGAAGCACCCUGCAGAGAGACUUCGUGGAAGACUUCAGUUUGCAUCGUGCCAGAUGUUUGGCCGUCGCAUGAAUAGGUGUCUCAGAGCCCUCACCAGUGACAUAAUGUCGGGCAGAAGUUCUCUCUCUGAAUCCACAAAGGAGAAGUUGGAAGAGAUGAGAUCCUUGAUCGAAGAAAACCACCCCAGGGCUUUGGCUGAGCAUGUGCACAUGUAUAUAGAUUCCUCUUUCGAUCGAACCGGUUACUAAGGCAUCGGAGGCGUGCUUUUGUCUGGAGAAGGUGAGCUCUUAAGAUGUUUCAGCGAGGAAGUCCCUCCUGAAGUCAUUGACCUUUUCUCAAACAACGAAGACUCGGUCGUCAUUCAUGAAAUCAUUGACCUUUUCUCACACAACGAAGACUCGGUCGUCAUUCAUGAGCUUGAAACUCUGGCAAUCUUCGUGGGACUUGAAGUGUGGAGGGAACUUCUCACGAGUCGCAGAGUGGUCGUUUUCACCGACAGUGAGGCGACGCGUGGCAGUCUCUUGAAGAGCUGGAGCCGCAAUGACGGUGCAGAUCUCGUGCUGGAAGACAUCUUUGAGUUCGAGGAAGCUCAAAGCAUUGCACUCUGGUUCGAACGGGUCCCAAGUCAAAGCAACCCUGCGGAUGAGUUGUCUCGAAGCAGAAUGGCUGUGUGGCAUGGAAGAAAGUGUGACACAUUUGACCUAGCACGUUGGCAUUCCAAGUUCGUCCACAAGUUGGGGUGAAAGCGCGACGAAUUUCGUGUCCGAUCCCAGAGAGAAAAAGAGUUGCGCGUGUGAGUCUUGCUGUGAACAAACGUGUUUUCUUGUGAAACGUUCUCAUGCAUGGCAAUCACAGAGAAAAAUAAGUAAACUCUCAUGAAACGAAGUGGCGUGACAGUGCUUUAUUUUUCCUAAAGUGUUUGCUAAACGGAGGAUUGCCGAAGUGUUGCAUGAGUUUCGUUUUCAUUUGAUCUCAGACUCACACUUCACGUGAAGUCGGGCUCAAGUAAGCCCUUACCACAAGGACGG